UCUCGCCAUGGCGGGCGCGCUGGGGGGAAUGUUCGGCUCGCAGGCCCCGGGGCCGCCACCGCCGCCGGGACCGCCCGGCCCGCCCGGCCUCAUCCCGCCGCCCGCGGGGCCGCGCAACCCCAACAACACGCUGGUGGACGAGCUGGAAGCGUCCUUCGAGGCCUGCUUCGCCUCGCUGGUGAGCCAGGACUACGUGAACGGCACGGACCAGGAGGAGAUCCGCACCGGUGUUGAUCAGUGCAUCCAAAAGUUUUUGGAUGUUGCAAGACAGACUGAAUGCUUUUUUCUACAAAAAAGACUGCAACUAUCAGUCCAGAAACCAGAACAAGUAAUUAAAGAGGAUGUCUCAGAAUUAAGAAAUGAAUUGCAGAGAAAAGAAGCAUUAAUACAGAAGCAUUUGAGUAAACUGAGACACUGGCAACAGGUGCUUGAAGACAUCAGUGUACAGCACAAAAAGCCUGCAGAAAUGCCUCARGGUCCAUUAGCUUACCUGGAACAAGCAUCUGCAAAUAUUCCUGCUCCAAUGAAGCAAACAUAAUCUUCACUUUUACACAGUUCAGUAUUUCAAAAGCAAUGGUGUUCUUUAUGCUUUUUGUAUAAUGUAAUUUGUACUGCAAAUACAKUUUAAACAAUUAAGCAAAUAAAUUAUCUUCCUUUUAUUACAGAAGUGUGGAUUGUUUUUAUGUUUCAAUGGAAAAUAUUCAGAGUAGCUGUUCAGGGUCUUUCUGGUAGAAGUGUGUCUCCCAGAAUGCAUCCUGUUCCUUCUAGAGGGGGUGGCCCUUGCACUCCACUUUGUCUUUUUGGUCCGAUCAAAAUAUUUGCAAAGAUUAGUGUUUGAUUUUACYGGACUACUUAAAUGUUAAUUAUCAGUGAGUACAAAGGAGUACCACUGCAGAAACACCCUUAAAAUUGCCUGUAAGUAGGUCAGACCACUUUUUUCAAAAAUGAAUUGUCAUUCACUGGAAUUGCUCACCUCAUGGAAGGUGUCUUAGGAUAUACAAAAAUUUGGUUUUUACAGGAUGAACUGAAAUAGAAAAAUGCA